AUGACUCUGUGGCUGUGCACGGCACAUGCACUGCGCCCCGAAUCCUUCCUUCCCACUCACCACCCAGUUACGCAUAAGGCUGACCCAGGCAGCACAGAUCAACACACACAGUACACCACCCUCACUCAAGCCAACGAUGACCCCGAAAUCCAACUCCCAUCAUUCCAUGAACAUGAUCAUGGAGACGGCCCUACCACGUCCUUGAUCCCGGGCGCUACCCCCCAAGAGCACUCUCACUGCGAAGUGUGCGAGCGAACUAUCAUUCGUCGAGAGAGACGACAAGCUCAUGCAGACUGCUGUCGCAUAGUAGCGAUGGUGUUUGUGGUCAUGUUUGUGUGUAUGAUGAUACUGGGGAUUGUUAUUGCCAAGGCAGCGUCGGGACGGAAAUGA